UUCUAAUUUACUCCAUGUUAUUUAAGGAGGCCAGUAAUAUCGUGCCACGUCAUGUGAUUGAGGAUUGUCUCCGGAAAUCAGGAGCACUAGAUCCUUGGGUUGUAAGAAUUUACCUUGCAUGUGAGGUGAAUUUGGGUUGAAUUUCCAGAGAAUUUCACCCAGGAGUUGAGGGGCGUUUUGUCGUAGCCUGGCGAUCGAGAGUAACCACGUCACACAGAAGAGGAAACGGAUCCGCCACUAAAGUGCCUUUUUUGUCCCUGGAUUUUUCUGGAAUGCUGAUCGAGUCCUAUGUGGAGAGAUGAGGCGUGAUGUGAUCAGCGAAUACGAAAGGCCCGAGACAAGCGACCUUCUCAGUGCUCUCGCCUUUUCAUUUUGUUUUUCCUUUAUUUCCCCGUUUUAUUGGAUUGGCGAUUUCAUUUCAUCAAAAUUCAAAAAAGUCUAAUUAAAAUUUAAAAUUUAAUAUUAAUGGUAAUCCAAAUAUAUAAUUAUAAUUUCUAUUAAUUUUUUCCCCUUUCCUUCUUUCUCCUGGAAAAGAAGAGCAUAGGAAAUGCUGAAAGCAGAAGCUCUCUUGCUUGCUCCUCUUUUCUCACGAUCUUAUCUCUCUAUUUUUUUCUCACACAGAACCCAAACAUCGUUAGUUUGAAGCUCUGUUCAGCCGCUUCUGUUGCUGUCGAGAUCCAACGACCAAUGGAUUUGCUCUUGCUUUCUCUCUCAGUGAAUGGCCGCUCAAUCUCCUGCAAAUGAAAGCAUGUGCUGUGAUUUGGAGCUGUUAAAGCUACCACCUUCUCCAGCAAUAUCUUUAAUUUUGUCUGGUACUACUCUACCUCGAAACGGAAAGAUGAAUCGCUUGACUGUGGAAACUGAAGAUAGUUUUGCAAGCCUGCUUGACCUUGCAGCCAAUAAUGACGUUGAGCAUUUCAAAAGAUCAAUUGAACGUGAUCCUUCCUCUGUAGAUGAGGUUGGACUGUGGUAUGGUCGUCAGAAGGGAUCAAAGCAGAUGGUCAACGAGCACCGGACGCCAUUGAUGGUUGCUGCUACUUAUGGCAGUAUCGAUGUCAUCAAGUUGAUUCUUUCAUCAUCUGAUGCAGAUAUUAAUCGAUCAUGUGGGCUUGACAAAAGCACGGCCCUUCAUUGCGCUGCAUCAGGUGGGGCUGUAAAUGCUGUUGAUGUGGUGAAACUGCUUCUGGCAGCCGGUGCCGAUCCGAAUUCUGUCGAUGCCAAUGGUCACUAUCCUGUUGAUGUCAUUGUGGUGCCUCCCAAGCUUGCCCAUGUGAAGAGUAUUCUUGAAGAACUUCUUCAAACAGAUUGUUCCAUGGCAGGCUGUGGUCUUAGGGUGGUAACAGCUACAUCUAAUUCAAACUCUCCCCCUCCAUCAACUUCUCCAGAGAAUGGGUCUCCUUCUACACUAGAGUUCCAUCUGAAGCUGAAGUUAAGGGACACGGCUGGUUUAUCUGGAUCAGAGAAGAAAGAAUAUCCUGUUGAUCCAUCUCUUCCUGACAUCAAAAACAGCAUCUACUCGACUGACGAGUUCAGGAUGUAUUCUUUCAAGGUUCGACCAUGUUCGCGUGCAUAUUCACAUGAUUGGACUGAAUGCCCUUUCGUCCACCCAGGGGAAAAUGCUCGGAGAAGGGACCCGAGGAAGUUUCAUUAUAGCUGUGUCCCUUGUCCUGAUUUCCGAAAAGGAGCUUGCCGUCGAGGAGACAUGUGUGAAUAUGCCCAUGGUGUUUUUGAGUGCUGGCUGCAUCCAGCUCAAUAUCGAACCCGCCUCUGCAAGGAUGGGACCAGUUGUUCAAGAAGAGUUUGCUUCUUUGCCCAUACAGCUGAGGAACUUCGGCCAUUAUAUGUUUCAACUGGUUCUGCUGUUCCAUCACCACGCUCAAGCACAUCUUCUGCCAUGGAUUUUGCUGCAGCCAUGAGCCUGUUACCUGGUUCCCCUUCUUCAAUGUCUGUGAUGUCUCCAUCACCGUUCACUCCACCCAUGUCACCGUCUGCCACCGGCAUGUCACACUCCUCUGUGGCUUGGCCACAACCUAAUGUUCCUAACCUGCAUCUGCCAGGAAGUAAUAUUCACUCUAGUCGAUUGAGAUCUUCAUUCAGUGCCAGAGAUAUCCCUGUGGACGACUUUGAUCUGUUGCCUGACUAUGAUGUUCAGCAGCACCAGCUACUUAGCGAGAUGUCUUGCCUUUCCCAGCAAUCUAUGAAUUCUAAUAACCUAAACCGCUCUGGUCGCAUUAAGACCUUGACCCCUUCAAACCUUGAUGAUCUCUUUUCUGCUGAGAGUUCUUCCCCUCGGUUUGCUGAUCCGACGUUGAGUUCAGCUGUCUUUUCGCCCACACACAAAUCAGCCGUCCUCAAUCAAUUUCAGCAGCAGCAAAGCUUGCUUUCACCUGUGAAUACAAACUUUUCUUCGAAGAAUGUUGAACAUCCUUUGUUACAGGCCUCGUUCCAGACGUCAGGAAGGAUGUCUCCACGUAAUGUGGAACCUAUUUCACCAAUGAGCUCCAGGCUUUCUGUGCUAGCUCAACGCGAAAAGCAGCACCAGUUUCGUAGCCUCAGCUCUCGGGAUCUUGGCUCCAACUCCGCCACCGCUGUUGCUGCCGGUUUUAACGACAGUUCUUGGUCAGAAUGGGGAUCCGCCAAUGGUAAACUGGAUUGGGCUGUCAAUGCUGAUGAUUUGGGCAAGCUCCGCAGAUCGUCGUCGUUUGAAUUUGGGAGCAACGGCGAGGAGCCUGAUCUGUCAUGGGUCCAGUCGCUUGUGAAAGAAACUCCAACUGACAAGGAGAAACUGGGAAUGGCUGUCUCAAGUGUUGCAGCGGCUGUAUACUCUAGCGAGGGAUCGAAUUUGAGCACUCAAAUUUGAGCGCUGGGCAAUUUCCAUACAAGCGUUUGAAUCCUUAGGUUCAUAUUCCAGUCAUUUCUAAUGGAGCCUAACGUCCAAGUUGGGUCCAUUUUUUAAGAAAUUUAUUCCUUCAUAUUUUUGUGGUAGGAAACAGGAAUUACCAAGGGUCAUUAGGGUUAAGUUCUUGGGGACUCCAAAUUGGCCCAGUUUUGGGGAUGAAAGUACAGGACGAUGCAUCUGAUAUUACUCUCGUUGCAUGGAAUCCAGAAUUGUGGAUGCCAUGGAGCUGGUAGAUUAGGAAAACUAUUGGAAGGCUGAUCCUCUGGGUCAUGUAACUUUCAAUACAGUUUAUUGCUAUAUUCUCGUAACCCCCUUCUCUCUUUUCAUCCGAAUUCCUGUGUCACAUUCUCUCAUUAGUCCCUGAUAUUUUUGGGAGAGAUUACCAAUAUUAUUAAUAUUUUGAUACAAGAA